UGCGCCCGAAGUUCGCGUCCGGGCCGGGGCUGCGCGCCCAUGGAACCGCCGCGAUGCUCGGGCCCCGGCUCCUGGAUUUCCAGAAGACCAAGUACGCCAGGUUCAUGAACCGCCGGGUCCCCGCCCACAAGAGGUACCAGCCGACGGAGUACGAACAUGCGGCCAACUGCGCCACCCAUGCUCUCUGGAUCGUCCCCAGCAUCCUCGGCAGCUCCGUCCUCUACUUCCUGUCCGACGACGCCUGGGAGGCCAUCUCUGCCUGGAUCUACGGCCUCGGCCUCUGCGGGCUCUUCGUGGUGUCCACUGUGUUCCACACCAUCUCCUGGAGGAAGAGCCACCUCAGGAUGGUGGAGCACUGUCUGCACAUGGGUGACCGCAUGGCCAUCUACUUCUUCAUAGCGGCCUCCUACGCGCCCUGGCUGAACCUCCGGGAGCUGGGUCCCUGGGCCUCUCACAUGCGUUGGCUGGUCUGGAUCAUGGCCUCUGGGGGCACUGUCUAUGUCUUCUUCUUCCAUGAGCGGUACAAGCUCGUGGAGCUGCUGUGCUACGUGGUCAUGGGCUUCUUCCCCGCCCUGGUCAUCUUUUCAAUGCCCAAUACCGAGGGCAUCUGGGAGCUGGUGACCGGAGGGGCUUUCUACUGCCUGGGCACUGUGUUCUUCAAGAGUGACGGGAGGAUCCCCUUUGCCCACGCCAUCUGGCAUCUCUUUGUGGCUUUUGGUGCUGGCACCCACUACUAUGCCAUCUGGAGGUACCUCUAUCUGCCCAGCACCCUGCAGGCCAAGGUGUCCAAAUGAGGUGGCCCAGACUGCAUCACGGGAAGCGUUUCUGCGAACGGCGGCCCGGAGCACCGUGCCCAGGCCCGGCCGCCCUCCCACGGGCAGAGCUCUUGCGGGGCCUGAGGUGACUUCUGGGGGCAGCCACACGGUCCCUCGGGUCCCGAGUGAGAAGCAAGCCGUUAGUCAUUGUUCAGAGGAGCAGUGAACCCUGUCAUGUUUCUACUCUAGACGAGCGUCUCCUGAUACAGUGGACAUCACCACCUCGGGGAGGGGUGGGCGCUGCCCUGCAGAGCGGGCAGCCAUGGGCCAGUACAUGCUUCUUCCACUCCCGAGACACCGAGCCAGGAGUUCGGCGGGUGGUUUCCACCCGGCAGCCAGGGCCUCCUCUGCUGCCAACGUCCUGGCUGGGAAGGUUCGCCUGUUCAGGCAAAGUCGCCGGUUUGUAGAUCAGGGAUGGUGGAGACGGAGGACCAUGGCAGACAUCACCAAUCGGCCGCCACACGGGGUGGUGUCAGGAUUCCCAGGCUGGUACUCUGGCAGCCACAGACAGUCGGCUUGGCACGCAUGAUGGCACCCCAACUCCUGGCCCGCCGGUGUGCCUUGUGGUGGGAACGU